GUUGCAGCGCAGAGCUCGUGGACGCGGCGGCAGUAGCAGCGUACAGCAGCGCACCGAACGCCGCCACUACUGCACAACAAACACGCCAUGUCGGAGCGAAGGAGACUGUGGCUCUGACUGCGCGCGGUCCUACUACUACUGAGCGUGUGUGCGCGCGUGAGCGAGCGAGAGAGGGAGAGGGCUGCUCUUUUGCUUUCUGUGGAUAUCGCCUUCAUGGACGGGCAACGGGGCUUUUACGAGAUGGAGAACCCGACAGAGAACCCCAGCAAGGCGGCGGAGUAUCUGAAGGAGCUGAAUAAGAUCAUCGAGACCCAGCAGGGGCUGCUGGAGAAGCAGAGGGUCCGGAUUGAGGAGCUGGAGCUCCAGGUGACGGAUCUUUGCAAGGAAAACGUCUGUCUAAAAGAUCAGCACCAACGGCACCUGGCCACCUGCAGGCUUCAACAGGGCAACCACUCCGCCCUGGGAGCCAUCAAGGAGAAUGUCAUGCAGGAAAAAUCUGAAAGUGAAAGUCCGAGACACGUCAGGCGGCACGCCUCAUUGCCCGUAGAAGUCUCUGAGAUCCCUCUAAACCUUUUUGCCCCUCCAAGUAGAAGGAGUUACCCCUGUCGCAAAUGGAAGUCUGCAUCUUUUGGACCAGACACAGAGGUCCCCAGCUCCGUAAUGAUUCACAGACGCCACCAUCACUCUGUGGAAGGUGAUGCUCCAGGCACUGAAGUGGGAGCUUCUUUGGACCCUAGUGGUGGCUACAGUUGUGUCCCAGUGACCCACAGCGGCGGGCUCGGCCCCGACCACCUGGACAGCCAGCUCUACGGGCACAUCUUGCUGCCAGGCCACUCACGGCCCCGACGGCCCAAGCUUCAGCACUCUCAGUCCAUCCUCCGCAAGCAAGCAGAAGAGGAGGCCAUCAAGCGCUCCCGCUCGCUGUCAGAGAGCUAUGAGCUCUCAUCUGACCUACAGGACAAGCAGGUGGAGAUGCUAGAGCGCAAAUAUGGUGGGCGUUUCAUAACCCGGCAUGCUGCCCGCACCAUACAGACAGCUUUCCGCCAAUACCAGAUGAACAAAAACUUUGAGCGUCUUCGAAGCUCUAUGUCUGAGAACCGUAUGUCCAGACGGAUCGUCCUAUCCAAUAUGAGAAUGCAGUUUUCCUUUGAAGGACCUGAAAAAGUCCAUAGCUCCUACUUCGAGGGAAAGCAGGUCUCUCUAACAGAUGAUGGCACUAAAAUUGGCGCACUAAGGCAGUCAGACCAUGGCGGGGAGAUGGGUGUGCAGGCCAAGACCCCCACCACACAGAGCGACUUCACAGAUGCCAUCACAGAACUAGAAGAUGCCUUUUCAAGGCAGGUGAAAUCUCUAGCUGAGUCCAUAGAUGAUGCUCUGAACUGCCGCAGCCUACAUGGUGAAGACAGUCAGUCAGAGCCAGGGAGAGGCCUCCAGGAUAUGGACAGAGAGGUCACCUGUCAGGUGAAACCCUCCCACAGCGCCUCAGAACACCGUAAACUCGAUGAGAUGACGGCGUCUUACAGCGAUGUCACCCUGUACAUCGACGAAGAGGAGUUAUCACCACCCCUCCCUCUUUCUCAGUCUGUAGACCGGCCCUCAAGCACAGAAUCAGAUUUGCGCCAGCGUUCGCUCAACUCCUCACAAGAUUAUUGGUCUCUUGCUCAUAAGGAUGAAAAAGGAGACACUGAUACCAGCUGCCGCAGUACACCUUCCUUGGAAUGCCAAGAGCAACGUCUACGGGUAGAUCACCUGCCCUUAUUGACCAUAGAGCCUCCCAGUGAUAGCUCAGUGGAGCUGAGUGAUCGUUCUGACCGCAGCUCUUUAAAGAGACAGAAUGCCUACGAACGAAGCAUCAGCAACCAGCAGAGUAGCCCUAAACAAGUCAGCCACAGCCUGCCACCUCGAGGGCCUUCCAGAGAAGAAGACACUUCCCGACAUCGAUCGCGACAGCUGGAGGCCCAUCUGGCAAUCAAUGGUACAGCAAACCGGCAGAGCAAGUCAGAGUCGGAUUUCUCAGAUGGCGACAAUGACAGCAUCAACAGCACAUCAAACUCCAACGAUACCAUCAAUUGUAGUUCUGAAUCCUCGUCCAGAGACAGCCUGCGUGAACAGACGCUCAGCAAGCAGACGUACCACAAAGAAACUCGAAACAGCUGGGACUCACCUGCAUUCAGCAAUGACAUCAUUCGCAAGAGGCAUUACCGCAUUGGCCUAAAUCUCUUCAACAAGAAACCAGAAAAAGGCAUUCAGUAUCUGAUAGAGCGAAACUUUGUUCCAGACACUCCGGUGGGUGUGGCCCACUUCCUGCUCCAGAGGAAAGGUUUGAGUAGGCAGAUGAUUGGCGAGUUCCUGGGUAAUCGGCAGAAACAGUUCAACCGGGAUGUCCUUGACUGCGUAGUGGAUGAAAUGGACUUUUCAGCUAUGGAGCUGGAUGAAGCGCUCAGGAAAUUCCAGGCACACAUCAGAGUCCAAGGGGAAGCACAGAAGGUAGAGCGACUGAUAGAGGCCUUCAGCCAGCGUUACUGCAUCUGCAACCCCGGUGUGGUACGACAAUUCAGGAACCCCGACACCAUCUUCAUCCUUGCCUUUGCAAUCAUCCUCCUCAACACUGACAUGUACAGCCCCAACGUCAAGCCUGAGAGGAAGAUGAAGCUGGAGGACUUUGUUAAGAACCUUAGAGGAGUUGAUGACGGGGAGGACAUCCCCCGAGAGAUGCUCGUAGGGAUAUACGAACGGAUUCGCAAGCGGGAGCUCAAGACUAAUGAAGACCACGUUUCCCAGGUUCAGAAAGUGGAAAAGCUAAUCGUUGGAAAAAAGCCAAUUGGCUCUUUACAUCAUGGUCUUGGCUGUGUACUAUCCCUACCCCACCGGAGACUGGUCUGUUACUGCAGACUUUUUGAAGUGCCCGACCCCAACAAACCUCAAAAGUUGGGCCUGCACCAAAGGGAGAUCUUCCUUUUCAAUGACUUGCUAGUGGUUACAAAAAUCUUCCAGAAGAAAAAGAAUUCUGUGACAUACAGCUUUCGACAGUCCUUCUCUCUUUAUGGCAUGCAAGUCCUCCUCUUUGAGAAUCAGUACUAUCCCAAUGGCGUUCGCCUGACUUCAGCCAUUCCUGGAGCUGAUAUCAAAGUCCUCAUCAACUUCAAUGCACCCAAUCCUCAGGACCGCAAAAAGUUCACUGAUGAUUUGCGAGAAUCUAUUGCAGAAGUCCAAGAGAUGGAGAAGUACCGGAUAGAAUCUGAACUGGAAAAACAGAAGGGCGUGGUGAGGCCUAGCAUGUCCCAGAGCUCCGGGUUAAAGAAGGAUGCAGGAAACGGAAACCUGAGCCGAGCGAGCCUUGACGACAGCUAUGCCAUCGGUGAAGGUCUGAAGAGAAGCGCCCUCAGCAGCUCCCUACGCGAUCUCUCAGAUGCAGGCAAGCGUGGGAGACGCAGCAGUGCAGGAUCACUAGACAGCAAUAUGGAAGGGUCCAUCAUUAGCAGUCCUCACAUGCGGCGGAGAGCCCCCUCCACCCGAGACUGCCCAUCCCGUCACAGUGCCCAGUCCCUGCCCAACUCUUCCUCGUUGCUUGGAUCGUUGUUCGGCACCAGGCGUGUGAAGUCGCCCAGCCCCACCCCUCAGCCCCAGCUGCACCCUACUCUCAUCUCCCACACCCCGCACCCAGCCAACCUGCACCACACAGCCCGCGUGGAGACGGAAGGACCAGUGCCCAUGCACCCGCAUCACGCCCAGUUCUGCCACAUGACCCAGAACCCACCCCCUUAUCACCACCAUCACCACUACCACCCGCCGGCCCACUUGCAGCACCCACCGCACCAGUACCACCCUCCCCCGUCUCACAGCCAGCAGCAGCCGUACCCGGCUCAUCCUCACGGGCCCCAUGGGCACGGGAGCCACCCACCGCACUCCUCCACCCACCCCACUCACGGCCCUCCCCACCACCACAGCGCGCCGCCACCAUCCUCCCAGGGACCCAGCAGCACCAAGCCCAAGCACAGCGGCAUCAGCACAGUGGUGUGAGGGGCAGGGCGUCCUCUCUGGACCCUGCAGCUGAACUUUUUCCUCCUGGGCUGACGCGACGGUGGCACUGUGCAUCGCCGGUCUGGGGCUAUGAAGCCAGACGAGAUCCCGUUGUGCCUCCUUCAGAUUUUUUUUCCCUUUCUUUUAGAGCCGUUUCUGUCAUUUCGUUUCAGGACAUAAGACAUGUCUACCCGCUUCAGGAGCAACAGACAAGAGCAUGCACAAAGACCACAACUACUGUUUGUUUCUCAGUAAACUACGGGAACUCGCUUACUAGUAUUUUACACAAGAAGUACAUGUUAAUCUUCACACAGUAACUUUAAACGUUGUCAGGACGGUUUGGCUGAACAGACACGAAGACGACAGCUCAGCCUCAGCCGUGGCUGUGCGAGUAUUUAAUGUAGCAGUAGCUCACAGUGCACUGUGAUAUCUCUGUUAGCAGUGAUAAAUGUGCCAAUUAUUAAAGCAUUUACUAAUUUAGUCACACAGAUUGCUUUAUGUAUAUUGUGCAUAGUAUUUUGUAAAAUAAUAAUAUCAAAUGUUAUUAUUAUAGUUAUUACUACAGAACAAACAGCAUCGAUGAAAACUGUCAGUAUUAUACUUGCACAUAGGUGGCGUAGUUUCACUGUUAAGAAACCAAUCAAAGCUUUUCUUAGUUAGGCAGUCGGACGCAAGAGUACUGCUGUGAAUGGUUGCCUUUGAGCUAGAAGUUAGAUUGUUGAGGGCUGCUGCACUCCAGCCUGCCUACAGUCUCAUUCACUGCACGUGUCUCCGGGGUGGAGCUCUCUCUCUCCUGCUCUGGAAAGCAAAGGAAACCAGCGGCACUCGCUGCUUGCCUGCCCUCCUUUUAUUUUUUUAACUAUUUUUUUAGAAUCCAAUGAACAAUACGAAUAUAUAAAGGCUGUCCUGCAGCCUGGUGGGACUCUGCAAGUCUGUCCUGCAGGAGGAGGAGGAGGACGCUGGAUGUUUUUCAUGUGGAAACUGAGGGAGAAACUGUGCAGCAGGAAAACAUGUCCCACUGUGGAAGCUCUCAGCUGGCUGAGCGUGCCCUCUCCCUCUUCGGUUUCCCCAUGUGUCUGUUGGAGCGGCGAACGUGCCGUAACUGAGUGUUUUGUUUUGAGGUUUUUUCCCUCGGAUGGAUGCCACGGAGCAAAAAUCAAUAAUUAUCAUUCUGUGAUGGUGACAGCGCCCUUAUGCUUGACUCAUUACGGAGAGCGGUUUUAUAUCAAUCAUCUUUCUGACAUAUUAUGGGAUGGCUGGUUCUACCUCCCGGUCAUCCCGUGCACAGUAUCUGUGGUGUGUGUGUGGAGCGGAGGCAGGGGGGCUGCUGUCCUGGAGCAUAUUUUCUGUUUCUGAAAACGACAGAUGCAGCGUGCAUUCUACAUAGCUGAUAUCAAUGGCAGGAGUUAGUCUGUAUCUGCUUAAAGACUGUGAGAUGCAUUUUUUAAACUAGUGCAAUAUGUAUUUACUGUUUUUUUUUGUUGUUGUUGUUUGUUUUUGUCUAAGAACAAGUUCAAUCUGUUGGUCGUUCUGUUAGUUUCGCCCUUUACUUUCUCCCUCUGGCGUCCUCUGGCAUUUCUUUCUCAGUGUUUCAGUGAAGUGCAAGUAUCCACAUGGAUUUGGAGGGACUGGACCGUUCACACUGAUACAGAGUGUCACAGAAAAGAACUGCAUGUAACGUUAUAUCUUGAGGCUAUUUUCAAACUGUGUACUCCCAAACUAUAUCAGUGUUACAGUUGACAGUUGUUUAAAAAAAAAAAAUGGUAGAAUAGUUUUGACUUCUUCAAAUACAGCUAACCGAAGUCAGCGAUGUGUUCAUGUCACUCCAGACGAUAAGUAACCAAAUCUGUAUUUUAACCCGAUCCACAUGCAGUACAGUAGUUAAACUGGAUCGUUAGUGUUCAACUGUAGUUAAAGCAGGACCUGAUCAAAGCUGUAACGGGGAAGCUCUGUGGAUUCUGUCAUUUGAAAAUCAGAGUGAUAAAAAGGAAACUUUUAUCUUCACAUUUUCUCUAUGUCUGUCAGCGGCACACACGUUACCAUUUUCAAGUGGUGUCCAGUAGAUCAGUAUUCUUAAAUAUAUAUGCCCUCAAAUAAAGCCACGCUUUAUACUUGCUUCAUAACAUUUGAUUGAUUAAUACGCUUAGAAAUGCUCUUUAUAUUCAUUAUAAGACAACUUUUGGGUUGCCAAGUUCUGGAAAGUCUCUUCUGGCCUAAUGUUAACCCAGUUAUACAGGAAAUUACACAUUUUAUGACAUACGAUAAAUUAGACGUUUUUAAGGUUUCUCUCUAACAGUCUAGUAGUUUACACAUUCACCUAACAAGCCAAACGUCCCCAAUUCAAUCCAGAGAAGAGACACAGAUUCUUUUGGUGUUUAUGUAAGGACGGGCAUCAAACAUGAGGCGCUACCUGCUUUGGCAAAGAGCAGCCAAAAGUAGUUUUUUUUCCAGGAAUCCAUAGUCUGCAGCUGACCGAUUAUUAUAAAUGGUAUUUGUUACACUAUUUUUUAGCUCUCUGCUUUUAUUGGAGUAGCUUUUGUUAAGGUUCAAAUAUUGAGGGGAAUCCAAAAAUAACCACAGAUCCAGCCGGGUGCAAUUAGACGACAUUUUAAUGUACACACGUGCGGAGUCCGAACGCUGUGCAGAUUUCAGCGUCGAACUAUCGUACAAUAGUCAAACAAAGGCUUUAUAGGGUUGGGGGUGAUACUGCUCCCCCCCCUCUCAGACACAAUACAGCAUACGUCAAUCCAAAACCACAAAAGUUCUGUCAACCCUUGACACAGUCCAGAGAACAUCGUCUUCGGCUCGGUGCUUCCCCUCAGCUCGUCUUCGCUGUCACUUAUCUCUGGGACAUCUGGUGUACUUCCUGGAACAGACUAACACGUACGCACCCCAACUUUGCAGUUAUAGCAAAACACAUCUUAACU